AUGCUGGCGGUGUCGACAGUGUCGUAUAGGUUCAAUAUUGCUGGCAGAAUUACUAGAACCAUGAAAGCUAAGCGGGGCCUUAGACAAGGCGAUCCUAUUUCCCCUCUCCUUUUUGUCUUAGCUAUGGAGUACUUCCACAGGCUUAUGCACCAGUUAAGUAGAGUCCCCAACUACAACUUCCAUGCUAAGUGUGAAAAACUACAAAUUAUUGAUCUCAGCUUUGCGGAUGAUGUUCUCCUCUUUUUCCGUGGAGAUAGCGAAUCUGUUCAGUUGCUUAUGAAUCAAUUGCAAUCUUUCUCCAAGUCUACUGGUUUAGUGGUUAACCCUGCGAAGUGUAGGGUGUACUUCGGAGGGGUGAAUUCUGAGACCAAAACCAACAUCCUGGUUUCUACGUCGUUUACGGAAGGGGAGUUACCGUUUCGUUACUUGGGUGUCCCUCUCACCUGUAAACGGCUGUCAACGCAUCAUUAUAUGAGUUUGGUGGACAGAAUAGUUUGUCGGAUUCGUCAUUGGAGUUCUAAAUUAUUGAGCUAUGCAGGAAGACUUCAGUUGAUCAAUAACACCAUCACUGCAAUUGCAGCUUACUGGAUGAGCUGCCUCCCAUUCCCCAAGCAUGUGAUCAAAACUAUUAACUCUAUUUGCAGGACUUUUCUGUGGACAGGCAGCGAGCAAAAGUCGAGAAAAUCCCCAAUUGCGUGGAAGAUGGUUUGUAAACCUCGUAAGAAGGGCGGUCUGGAUGUGGUAGAUUUAUCAGAUUGGAAAGUGGCGUGUUUAUCUAAGCUGCUGUGGAACCUUUGUAACAAAAAGGAUAAUCUUUGGGUGAAAUGGAUCCACGCGUUUUAUUUCAAAACCACAGAUCUUAUGCAGAUCCAGGAAAAACAGGGUAUGUCUUGGAUUUUAAAAGCUAUCCUUAGACAUAGAAUCAUCAUCACUAGCAUGGAUAAUUGGAACGAGAUGACAGAAAAAUACUCUGUGGGGAAAGUGUACCAAUUUCUCAAAAAGGAUGAUCCUGAUGUGGUUUGGAAACACAUGCUUUAUAAUAACAUUGCUAGACCGCGAGCCCGUUUUACUUUGUGGAUGGCCUGCCACCGUAGGCUAGCGACGAGGGGUCGACUCAAAAGGCUUGGCCUUACGACCGACGACAGAUGUAAUUUCUGUGACAAGGUGGAAACUAUUGACCAUCUUUUAUUUGAAUGCCUGCCGUUUAAAACCUGUUGGCAACAAAUUAUGGGAUGUUUGGGGUAUCAUCGGUUCCCUUGUGCUUGGCGUGAAGAGCUUGAAUGGCUAAUCAAUCAUUGUAAAGGGAAAGGCUGGAGAAAGUGCAUUCUGCGUAGUGCUUUAGCGGAGACCAUCCAUGAAGUUUGGAGAUAUCGUAACAACGCCGUCUUUGGCAAUACGGUGAACAUUUUGGAGAUUAGAGAUUUAGUCAUUUAUACCCUCGCAAAUAGAGGGUGGGGUAAUACUAAAAUGAGACAUCAUAUAGCUCAUUUGAUUUUAAAGUAG